AUGAUGAACUUCACUCUUGAUUUAUCUGGUUUCGGAGCGACAUCGACGCAGUCAACUACAGCCAGUGAUACCACGAAUCAGGCAAGGGCGGUUGAGGAAGAGUCCAAAACUGAGGAGUUGCCACCGACAGAGACACACACGGCAUCUGCUGCGCAAGAAUUGUCGACCGAAUUGCUUGAUCAACAGGACGGACAACAAGUGUAUCAGUGUCCUGAAGGUAUGGAUGCUGAAGUUUUCGCUUCGUUACCUCCGGACAUGCAAGCCGAGAUCAUCGCACAGAAUGCACCUGCUGUCGCUGAGUCGACUAGUGCCCGCAGCGACACCGCCACGGCAGGAGGUGGUGGCGGUGGAUCGGAAAGUAUGUCACAGAUGGACCUGGACAUGGCCAACUCAAGUUUUGAUCGUGAGACUUUAGAGGCGUUGCCUCCGGAUAUCCGCGCCGAAGUGCUGGAGAACGAACGGCGAGAGCGCGAGGCUGCCGCCCGCGCGGAGACGGCGGACACAUCCCGUGCACAGGAGAUGGAUAAUGCGUCCUUUGUGGCAUCGCUAGCACCGGAGCUGCGCGAAGAAAUCUUGGUGACGUGCGACGAUGCAUUUUUGCAAACGUUGCCAUCGCAAGUACGCGCGGAAGCUAUGGUGCUGCGCGAGCGUGCAGCUUUCCGCUCAACUUAUCGCGAGCGUGAUCGCGCCACGGAGGGGCGUGGUGGAGGAGGUGGCGGUGGUGAGGGCGACAUGGACGAGCUGUUUAACCGGCCUACCCUCCGUCGAAUGUUGACUUCUCAAAGUCCCGACAGAGGAGGCGGUCGUCGUCGGUCUCGAAUGUACGAUGAGCUGGGUGGAGGGCGCCGCAGUAGUCGCCGUGAGUACCGACAAGGAGCUGGCAGCUCCAAGGCGCACAGGGGUCUUCUGCGUGUGGAGAAGGACGAAGAAGAAGACGCCGGAGAGCGGAUUUUCGACGACCGUUGCGUGCGCGGUUUGCUGCGCCUACUUUUCAUGACGCAGUCCGUCAUCCAGAACCGCGUGUUCCAGCGGCUGCUUGCAAACAUUUGUCUGUAUCCAUUGACACGCUGCAGUGUUCGGCGCAACUUGCUGCGUGUGAUCUCUUUGCCGCUUGCCGAGCCCCUGGUUCCUGGCGACAAAAGGGACGACGACGAUGACGGUAGUGGCAAAAUCCAGUUUCCACCAAGCGCGAUGUAUGGAUGCGGUAUCGAUGGAAAUCGGUCCAUUGGAGGAUCAGCCGUGCCCGGCGAAGUGGUGAAUCGCAUGUUGCAUGUGCUUGUGUCGCUUGCAAAGUAUAAUCCCCGCUUCACAGUGGAAAUGCUGCAGCCUCAUGGAAUGCGCCACCAAAGUAGUGGCAAGAGUGAUUGCGUCAAGAUGGAGCCAUCCUCCAGUGAAUGUGGUGUUGCUGUACUCAUCGAUUUACUAGCACUCCCGGUGGUGUAUCGCAACGGUACAAAUCUAGAUGCGCUGCUCGAGUUGCUUGAGCUGAUUUUGUCACCGCUAGAGCGGCUUCACAAGCCGAGUGGUAGUGAUGAGGAGAAAAAGGAGGGCGAAGAAGCGGAAGCGUCGACUCCUGAACCGGGUGAUGAGUGGGUAGCUGUCCCGGCGGUGGAACUAGAUGAGGCGCGCAUGGGUGAGAUCGUUGCGGUGCUUGCGAUGGACCUCUGCACGACUCAAAUGCAAGAGCGCACACUUGCCGUGCUGAAGCUCUUGAACCAUGUGCGUGGCAACCGCGAGCUUGUGAUCCGUGCAGUUGUUCGACAUGCGAGCAAUUUGGCGCGUUCGUCAGCGGUAUUGCCGUCGGCUCAGGACGAGCUGAAGCUUCUGCGGUUGCUACACUCGCUGUCGGAUGUAUGCGAGAACACGGCAGAGUUUACGGAGUGCUGCCAAACCAUCGGUCUUGAGCCGCUAUGGGAUGCACUGAGCGCCUCCCUGACUGAAGCGCGUGCUAAGGGUGGCCUCGAUGAUCAAGAUAGCGCAUCUGAUGAUGGGGAAGGAACAGUGAUUGAAGGUAAAAGUGCGGGUGCUUCAUGUGCGAUGGCAGCACUUUUGGCGCGAUUCCUCCCAAUGGUGGAAGCCUUCUUCGUUGUCAAUGCUCGUGAUGCAGCGUCGAUGUCGCUGCGAGUACCGGACUCAAGCGAGCGCGAGGAGGCCGUUGUAGCUGCUUUGCGUGUCGGCGGAUUUGACGGGGCGGACGCUACCGCGCUGAUGGGGGUUGAAGAGCAGAAGGCGUCACCGAAGAGCGCACGAAAGCGCAGCUCAUCGGCCUUGUCGACAAUAUCUGACGCUGGCGAGACCAUGAGACUGGCGAACUUUGUCGAGUCCAAUCGCAUGCUUCUCAACCUACUCGUGCGCGAGAAACCGUCGCUGCUGGAUACGUCUUUGGCUGCUUUGAUCAAGAUUCCUCGCUGCCGGGCGUACUUGGCAUUUGACAACAAGCGCACGUACUUCCACAGUGCGAUGAAGAGACUGCGACAGACAGCGUUGCGGAACCACGGAGGUGGGAGCUCGUCGGUGCGUAUCCCGGUACGCCGUGAACACAUCUUCGAGGAUUCCUACUACGCGUUGCGCAUGCGCAGCGGUACCGAGUUGCGGCGAAAGCUGCACAUUUCAUUCACGGGUGAAGAAGGUAUUGAUGCUGGUGGAGUGACGCGAGAAUGGUACAUGAUUCUGGCUCGUGAAAUGUUCAACCCGAACUACGUGCUGUUCACAUCAGCCGCCGAUUCGCCUACUUUCCAGCCGAACCCGCUGUCUUACGUGAACAAGGACCACUUGAGCUACUUCGAGUUCGUCGGAAAGGUGCUGGGCAAGGCCGUGGCAGACGGCCAACUUCUUGAUGCUCACUUCACGAGAUCGUUCUACAAGCACAUCCUGCAGUUGCCGAUUUCGUACCAUGACAUGGAAGCUAUCGACCCGGAGUAUUACCGUAACCUGCACUCAAUCCUGGACAACUCGAUUGUGGAUCUUGGGCUGGAGCUGACGUUCUCGGCUGAGCAGUCGAACUUCGGCAAGGUGGAGGUUGUUGAUUUGAUCCCUAACGGCAGGAAUGUGGCCGUGACGGACGAGAACAAGAUGGAGUAUGUGAAGCUCGUGACGCACCAUCGAAUGGCGACUGGCAUUCGACAGCAGAUUGAUGCGUUCCUCAAGGGUUUCCACCAGUUGGUGCCACCUGAGAUGAUCGCGAUCUUUAACGAGAACGAGCUGGAGUUAUUGAUCUCAGGCAUGCCCGAGAUUGACAUCGACGAUCUGAAGGCCAACACGGAGUACGCCAACUACAAGCCCACAGAUUCGGUUAUCCGCUGGUUUUGGAACGUCCUUUACUCGUUCACACACGAAGAGCGGGCACUGUUUUUGCAGUUCGUCACUGGUACGUCGAAGGUGCCGCUGGAAGGGUUCAAGGCGCUUGAAGGCAUGCGUGGCACGCAGAAGUUCAACAUCCACAAGGCUUUCGGCAACAACAGUGCGCUGCCGUCCGCACAUACAUGGCAAGUCUUUUGA